ACCUUGGCGGACGCAGAGAAAGCUCCUGCAGAUUGCCUCAAGGCGAUGACCGAGCUUUGCAACUACAUCCGCGAAGAGUGCAAACUGAAGAUGGAGGCUUCCGAGGAUGCGAAGCCUGCAGAACGGGAGGAACUGCCAAUUCUCCUUGCCUUUGAUCUGAUACCAGUCCUGCAACGUGCAGGGGGCUCGCUCCCCAAGAGAAACUCGGCUCACUUGGCUCUUCUGCGUUGCCUCCAUGAGUUGGACGAGGCAUAUGGCGCUACUGUCCGCAAGGACGGCGAGCAGGCCUGGCCUUUGGGGGAUCUCGUGAAAGACAUCUUUGAGCUGCUGAAGGAGGCCACCUACAUAGGGAAAAACAUCCAGCCGCGGAAGAGUCUGCGAGGCGCGCUCACGGAAGGGACGCUACGAACGAUCCGGGCCCGAUGGUCCUAUCUGCCGGAGGAGCUCUCUCCGAUCCUCACUCGAUUGUGGGGCGGAGAGGCUCUCAUCUACAUUCUGAAAGUCGUGGCGGACAACGAGAUCUUUCUGCACCACGGAGUGGCGCAGGCGCUUUCCGAUCUCUGGCGCUUGGUCACGGACAGGAAGUGGAGCAAUAUCGCCUUCGUUGAGCCCGAGCUUGCGGAUGAGAUGACGGCCCGAGAUAAGUUCCUGGCCCUGAGGGCAAGCUUCGCGAAGGGCUGUGCCCAGCGCAGCCGAAAGCGAAAGGCAGCUGCAAUGGAGGACUCAAGCUCAUGA